AUGAAGACUUUUGGUGUUGCCUUAAAUACUGGAGGUUCAGGAAAAUUAGGUGAGGUUCAAAAGGCUGUGAGAGCUUGGAGUGAAGGUAAAGCUUAUAAUGGGAAAACCAAAUCUAAGACUUAUGCUGGUGAAACCAUCUGUUAUUUAUCUUAUGCUAAUAGAAAACCUGUUCAAAAUGAUGGUGAAGCUGGAAAUUGUGAUUACGUAAGAGUUAAAUCCGGUGAGAAUGUUGCUACCACUGCUGGAGUUAAUGGGGAAUCUUUACAAGGAUAUAAUCCUAAAGUUGAUUUUGCUACUUUACAAGUUGGUCAACCUAUUUGUAAAUCUGUUGGAAACUUACAAAACUUUAAGCCAAGUAAAAAUUCCGAUGGUUCAUGUUAUUCUUAUACUGUAGCUCAAGGUGAUACAUGUACCCUGAUUGGUGCACCUUUCACGUUAUCAGCCAGUGAUAUUAAUGGAUUUAAUGGUAAAACUUAUCAAUGGUAUGGAUGUGAUGGAUUAUUGAAAGGUCAAAAGAUUUGUUUAAGUUCAGGUGAUCCUCCAAGACCAACAUCUAAUGCCAAUGCUGAAUGUGGUCCUUUAGCUCCAGGUGAUUUAUAUAAUACUGAUUGUCCUAAUAAUGGAUGUUGUAGUGAAUUUGGAUUCUGUGGUACUACUGCUGAGUUCUGUGCCACUAAACAAAGUACCACAGGAGCUCCUGGAACUACUGGAUGUUUCUCCAAUUGUAAUGUUGGAACUUUACCUACCAAAAAAGCUUCUUCUUACAAUAGAGUUAUUUAUUGGAUGGAUACCAGUGGUGGAUUACAAUAUACUCCAUCAUCUAUCAAUUCUAAAUACAACCUUGUUCAUUAUGCAUUUGCAACCAUUGGUAGUGAUUUCUCCAUUUCCGUAGGUUCAGGAUUCAAAGAUUUCCAAAAAAUUGCUGCUAAGAAGAUUCUUACCCUUGGAGGUGGAGGUGGAUCUUCCAGUAAUUCUGUGGGGGAUAUUUUCAAAACCAUCAUUUCCACUACUGCCAACCAGAAAUCUUUUUCUGACAAAGUGGUUAAAUUUGUUAAUGAUAAUAACUUAGAUGGAGUCAAUUUCGAUUGGGAAUUCCCUACUACUACCACUGAAGGUAAGAGUUAUGCUGAUUUGAUUGCUAUGGUUAAAACUGCUUUAAGACCUAAAUUAGCUUCAGUAUCAAUUCCUGCAACUUAUGGAGGUAUGAAAUAUUUCCCAUUAAAACAAUUGGAUGCUAGUGUUGAUUACUUCCUUUUGAUGAAUUAUGAUUACCAUGGACAAUGGGAUUAUGGUACCAGUGGUAUUGGAUGUCAUGUUGAUAGACAAAUGACUGAAGAUUCAGUCAAAACCGUGGUCAAGUCAGGUAUUGAUACCACUAAACUUUAUGGAGGUCUUGCUAAUUAUGCCAGAACUUUCAAAUUAUCGAAAACUUCUUGUACUACUUAUGGAUGUUCAUUCACUGGACCUAAUAGUGGUGCAAGUACUGGGAAAAUUACCCAAACUGCAGGAAUUAUGACAGAAAACGAAUUGUUAGCUAUUCCAAAAGGUACUAGAAGUAGAUCUACCGAUAGUGCAUCGCAUUGUGAUAUAAUGGUAUACAAUAAUGGUCAAGAUUGGGCUGCUUGGAUGAAAGACACUGAAAGAGAAUCUCUUGAUAAUUGGUACCAAACCAUUGGUUUGGGAGGAAGUGCCAUGUGGUUGAGUAAUUACGAUAAAGCGGUUUAG